AUGCACCCGGCCCGCCCCCGGCCCCGGGCGGGGCUGCCCCGUCCCCGGCCCCGGGCGUCCCGCCGCGGUCUCGCCUCCGGCCGGCUCUGGUCGUACUGGCGGUGGCGCUGCUGGGCGGGCAUCAGUGCCUGGGGCUGGGGCAGCAUCGCCUCCCUUUGGCUCCGCCUGGCUCGAGCCUGGCCCUGGCCCCGGCCCCGGCCCCGGCCCCGGCCCCAGCCCUUCUCGGUGGCCAUCAAAAGGGUGCCACGGGAGCGCAUCCGGCGCUGGGGCGAGCUGCCCCGAAACGGCAUCAGCCCCACUGACGGCAUCGUGCUCCUCCCGCAGCCCGACGGCACCAGCGCACCCCUGGAGAUCGUGCUGCUGGCCAAGGUGUCCACUGGCUUCCCUGGUGUGGUCCAGCUGCUGGAGUGGCUUGAGCUCCCCAACGACGUCUUGAUGGUGCUGGAGCGCCCGGAGCGGUGUCAGGACCUGCAGCGUUUCAUUCGGGCACGGGGCUUCCUGCCCGAGGAGGUGGCGCGGGAGCUGUUCCGCCAGGUGCUGGAGGCCGUGCGGCACUGCACCAGCUGCGGGGUCCUGCAAAGGGACAUCAAACCAGAGAACAUCCUGGUUGACCUGGCCACCGGGCAGGCCAAAUUGAUUGACUUUGGCUGUGGCACCUACCUGCAGGACACAGCCUACACUCACUUUGCAGGAACACGGUCAUACAGCCCCCCGGAAUGGACCCACUUUGGCUGGUACUAUGGCAGGCCAGCUACCAUCUGGUCCCUGGGCAUCCUGCUGCACCAGAUGGUCUGUGGGGAGCACCCUUUCAGGAGGGACCAGAACAUCAAUGAAGCCUUAUAG